UCCCCGCGCUCCUAGCUCCCAUUACGAAGCCGGUGGUGUGACGUCACGCUUGUCAUAUGACUUGCGGCCGCUCAGCAGUGUUCAGUAGCCGUCGGGUUCCGGGAGCGGCUGCGUUUCGCUGACCUCACCAGUAUACCGCUCUUCUACCUCCGCGUCCCACGGCGGCACCAUGCUGGCCCUUAUCAACAAGCUGCUGGACUGGUUCAAGUCCCUGUUCUGGAAGGAGGAGAUGGAGCUGACGCUGGUCGGGCUGCAGUACUCCGGGAAGACCACCUUCGUGAACGUUAUUGCGUCUGGACAGUUCACAGAAGACAUGAUUCCCACUGUGGGUUUCAAUAUGAGAAAAGUUACGAAAGGCAACGUGACCAUCAAGGUUUGGGACAUUGGAGGUCAGCCAAGAUUUCGUAGUAUGUGGGAGCGCUACUGUCGAGGUGUUAAUGCAGUUGUGUACAUGGUAGAUGCAGCAGACUUGGAAAAAGUGGAAGCAUCAAAAUAUGAAUUGCACAACUUGCUCGAUAAACCACAGUUGCAUGGAAUCCCUGUUUUAGUGUUGGGAAACAAGAGAGACCUGCCUGGCGCACUGGAUGAAAAACAACUUAUUGAGAAGCUACACCUUUCAGCGAUUCAAGAUCGAGAAAUCUGUUGUUAUUCGAUUUCCUGUAAAGAGAAAGAUAAUAUAGACAUCACAUUGCAGUGGCUUAUUCAGCAUUCCAAGUCCAGACAUUACUGAAGAUCCACCGCCAAACCAUCUUUCCCAAUAUCUUUUCCAUUCUGCCUGUUACAUGGUGGCAGAAAGAUGGCUGCUACUGGGAUUCACACAUCAUUUGGAGCAGUUUAUGCAAGGUUUAACUGCUGGUUUUUGAUGCUUUGUUUUUGUUUCUCUCGAAAAAUUGGAAAUGUGGUUUGUGGAUCUUUUUAUAGUCUGCAUUAUUGACCCUUUUAGCACUUGUGUAUAGGACGACAUGUAUCGACUUCUAUUCAGUAGUAUGUGAUGCACAGUUAAAUUUAGCCAUGUACAGUUUUUUUCUGUCUAUACUCCGACGGUAAGAGGGCCCUUAUGCAAUAUGGGUUAACACAGAAGUGCAUUUUCCUGCCAGUGCAUACUGAAUUUACUCUUUUGUGCAAUGACUGCUCCAUUACAACCAUGUAUUCUGGAUUUAUGUAUUGCAUAUGUAUGUAAGCUACACGUGACCUUGCUUCAAUUUACCAAAUCCUGAUAUCUAUCUUUGUAGUAAAAACAAAUGAUGAGAUGAUUAUGAAUGUGUACGUAUUUGCCUUGGAUACUUUUUAAUUCAGUUGCUGUAAAUAUUACUAGAACUCAUCGGGGUUGCCUUAAAUAUAUUAUGCAUAAUAAUGUGUGUCUGCCAAAGGUAUUUUCUUAAGAAGUUCAAUCAUUGUUGGUAAAUCUACAGCUAAUUGGGUUUACAGCCGGUGUAGUAUCAGUUUCAACUUCAGAUUUGACAUUUCUUUAAUGAAAUGUAAAAAACAAACAAACAAAAAACUAGUAUUGCAUGUGAAAUGUUUGAUUUAAAACUUUUUAUACCCUAUGCAAAUGUUCCAGCGAUGUCCUCUUU